AUGGCUGGCAUCGAUCUGUCGUAUACUCCCUGCUUUUUGGAAGAUGAUAUAUUCACCUUCGAGACAUGUGAUCGUAGUGAAAUUCAAAUCCUAGCUGGCGUAUCCGAGUCUGAAUUCCAGGAUUCCCUCAACGCCCUCUUCAAGACCAUUGAAGAACACUGUGAUGAUGAGCCUGAUAAUACAUCUAUGUCCGCAGAUUUGGAUAUAACACAAGCAUCUCCUCCUCCCUUGACUUCUCUUCGUGCAGCUUGCAAUGGAGAAACAGAACUACGCAAGACAUGUAUUCCUUCACCAUCACCGUUACCCAGCCUUGACCCAACCGAAACCCUUUGCUUCAGUCCAGCACCCACAGAGUCCACUGUUGCAGUCAACCCAUUGUUGGACAAGGACCUCCGAGGUGUCUUGGUUUCCGAGUGCAAGCAGACCAACUUUCCAAGUAUGCUCUUUCAGUCCAUGUUGCCAGGAAACCAGUUACCACUGACAACCAGAGAGUGUGAACUAUUGAAAAGAUUCCACCAUCUAGAGAGGUUCUAUGCAGACCAGGUGCGAGAGCUUUCUACGUUGUUUCGUUUCCAUGCGUCCAGUAUCGAGAUGAGGAGGAUGGAGGUGAUGGCUGAUACCAGCCUGACAUGCCAUUACCGAGACUGGCUGAGUCAUCAUUUUGAUACCCAAAUACAUCAGGUGAUUGAUCGAGUCGAGAAAAGUCUCAGUCUUCUAGAAGAGAAAGAGAAGAAAAGUAUGGAGAUUCAGAUGAACACCCUCGUCCCUGGAGUCAAGCGAAGACCACCAUUGUCCAAGCGAGCCGUUCAGCUGAUGGAGGGCUGGUAUCAGUCCAAUCUGCACCAUCCCUAUCCUUCUGCUAUCGUAUAUAAAUCUCUCGCUGUUGCUGGUAACGUCACCGUGGAGCAAGUCAAGAAGUGGUUCGGCAACAAACGCAACAGAAACAGCAACACCAGGACAAGAUCCGAAAUCGCCAAGAGGAAAUUCCGUAAUCGUCAUGGGAUUCAGGAGUAUCAUAUCCUCAGGGCUCUUGAGUGUGGUUACUAA